UGUUGAGGUGUUGCUGUCGAGCUGAAGCUGUCUCUAACUGUGGAGAUUAGCAAACUCAUGGUUAACCCGGGACUUUCCUGGAGAAUUGGCAAUCCCUCCACCCAGCCGAUCGCACCAGCAGACAGACAGUGGCCCCAGCUCUGGAAUAUUCCAUCCCGCAAGGAAUCGAGGAGGGAAAUGCAAACUCCUUUAAAGGCAGGCGGCAGACAGACCAACCUCCCCACGGGCAGUUCUCCAGGGCAAAAGGAAAAGGUAACGAAGGUUCAUCGAAUGCUGAGCUGAGCUGCCUCAGGCCAGAGCUAUAGAGCUACCGCCACGGAAUCCUCUCCACCCCCUUCUCUCCCACCACCUCCAGCCCUAUAACAUGCAGCUCUGCCUGACCAAGCGGUGAAUGUGGAAGAAAGAGAGAGAGAGAGAGAGAGAGAAAGAGAGAGCAAUCAUUCAGCAGCUGCUCAUGAACCUCAGGAGUCUGAUGCGAACAUGAUUCUGGCCACGUUACGAAGAAAAUAGUGAGGAUCAAACGCUAACUACUAAAACACUGAGUGAAAAGGAAAUUUCUUCCAAAAUACACAAUACGAUGCUAAUAAAAUGGAAAUAGUUGUACACUGGAAGAGAUGUGCUGAAGAAAGAAUUGUUUGAAGGGCAAGCUGACAAAUUCACAGCAAGUGGUGAUAUUUAUCCCCAAUUGAUGCCUUUAAGAAAACUAGCUGCAGAAUUCCACAGGUAUUUGACAACCAACAUUGUGAGGAACAAUGACGUCAGAGACCAAAAAUGGGACAACUGUAUUGCUUAAGCUUCUUCUGACAACCACAGAAGCCCAGGGGGGGAUCGAACCGCCGACUGGAGCAGCGGACCCUUUGCCGACCAUCAUAGCCGUGAUAUCCAUCUUUCUUCUCUUGGCCACGUGUGUCAGUUUUGUGGCCUUGUGCAAUCCUGCUGGGCUGGACAGCUCCCGCUACGGCCCCUACGAAUGUAUGCCCCACCACGCCGAGGAUGCCAGCGAGCCUCGGUUAAAACUGUGGAAACGUUUGGGUUCCUUGAGGCACUCGAUAAACAGCUUCCGGCAGAAUCGAUCCCUCGUUCAACGUCAACCUCCUCCUGCAUCCCAGUGCCAAGUGGACCAGAAUGACACAGACCUUGCAGAGUCGACAAAAAUGUAAAGAUUCAGCGCCUAUAAAACUUGUGCAUCGACUUGUUUGGUGAUAAGAACCAGGGAUUAAAAGUCAUAAAAGAUUAGCUACUGCUGUAAUCAAUAUCAGCAGGAAAAAAAAUGUCAUCGUUCAUUAGCCUUUGGAGAGUGCAUUAGGUAAUACUGAGCAUCUUUCAUGCCGUGCAGUAAACAAUAUCAUCCAAAGAACAACACGUCAGCUCCAAUGCGAUAAUCUAUGGUUAUCUUUCACACUUGAACACAGUGAGCGUGGAGGAUGUACAAACACCAGACAGUAUUCGCUAUCGGAUGUAAUUCAUUGCCUCCGAGCUAUGGUUUAAUUGGAUGGAUACAUCACAGAAACACAGCAAAAAGCAGACAUAGGCCAAUGGGCCCCUCAGGCACAUUGCACCCUUCAAGAUGAUCAUCCGCUUCAUUCCCUUGUUGCCAUAUUUAUCCCACACAGCUUGAUCACCUUCCUUUGUUAAUAUAUAUUUAAUGACCUGGC